UUGCUAAAUUUCUUACGAUGUGUCCGUAUUUUUUCCCCUCAAUUAAACUGUGCUGAUCCUAUCAUUUCGUCAGGUGCUUCGAGGGCUGCGCAAGUAUAAAAACCCUCACAACUUCGACACAUCGACAAGUGGCCACCUUCUCGAUUACAAUCAUGCAACUCUCGUUAAUUUUCAGGAUGCUUAUGUUCUUUGCCGCUCUUGUUGCUGCAUAUUCCCCGCUAGACUUUGGGACAAAAGAUACAUCUGUGGCUAAGCGCGAGGGGCUCGACUUUGACCUCACUCGCCAGUUGAAGGUUAGGGCGCCUGAUGUUAGUCACGUUUCAGCGCCCAACGAUCCUGAUGAUCCUGUCGAGCCUAACGAUCCUUUCGAGUCUAAUUAAAAUGGCUGAUGAGUGGCGACGAGAAGUGUGGGGAGUACCCAUGCGUUAUAAGAAAGCUGUACAAUAGAGGUGGACCGUGAAGGGUGCUACAACGUCAUCAGUGACUAACUAUAGCUUCUGUUUGUAGAAUACUUUAUUUGCGUUUCGCGUCAUCCUGUUCUUAGGAAGGAGAUUCCAGACUCAUCGGAACUUUCGAAUCGGAUGAUGUCAUUGGUCAUGUUCAAAAACUCGCAACAACACUGCGUGCUCUCCGCGGAUAGUUGUAUAUCCCAACGUUAAACAGCACAGACUGGGCCUGCUGACCGC